AUGGACGUGCCCGCGUUGAUCAUCGACGCGGCCGAGAACGAGGAAGAAGUGGCGGAGGAAGAGGCGGCGGCAGCCUCAGCGGCGCCGCCACCCGCGCAAGGAGUAGCCAAGAAGAAGCCGGCAGGGAAGAAGCCAAAGAAAUCCAGCACCGCGGCCAAGCGGCGGCCAUCAAAAGACGAUCAAGAUGCCGCGGAUCCAUCGCUGGGGGUUUCCAAAGGUGGCAGGAGGAUCAAGAAGAAGGAGGAGAGCUUCAAGAGCUACAUCUACAAGGUUCUCAAGCAAGUCCAUCCGGAGACGGGGAUCUCAUCAAAGGCGAUGAGGAUCAUGGACAAUUUCAUCUACGAUGUGUUUGACAAGAUCUCGGCCGAGGUCUCGGCGCUCGUCAAGCGCACGUCCAGGCAUACCGUGGGAGCUACCGACGUCCAAACCGCGGUGAAACUACUCAUCCCCGGUGAGCUCGCCAAGCACGCCGUUAGCGAGGGUACCAAGGCCGUGACCAAGUUUAUAGCCCACUAG